AAGACAUUUUGCGUUCUUGUUUAGAAAUUAAGGAUAUUCACUUAUAGAGAAAGCUGAGAAUAUAUAUAUUUAUCAAGACCUCUUUUCUUCCGGGAGUAAACACGGAAGAUUUAGAUCGACACACCAAACAGAGAUGGCGGACACCGCGCGCGCAGCGUCAGAGUCGGAUGGCUGUUUAAACUCAGAAAACAAAUCAGAGAUGGAGGCACCAAAAUCAUCAGGGGACGAUAAAGAGGAGAGCACAAAUCUCAGCCAGGAUCCUUUUAAGAAACCGGCCAUUUUCGCUGCUCCGUCUGUAGCACUGAAGAAGAGCAAAAGUGUGCAGAAGAUCGCAUCUGAGUCUGACAGCGCUGUAAUCACUAAAGAUCAACCCAAACCCGAGGCAUCAGAUGAGAAAGAACCUUCUAAAGAAUCCGCAGGGAAUGAUGAUCAGUCCUUUAAACAUGAUCCUGAAAGUCUAAAUCAAGCUCCUGUCCCUGAGAAGCCUCUUACAAAAGAAAAGCAGGUCAAUGCAACAGCAAAACCAGAGAUCAAAUCCAAAAAACCAGCCAAAGUGCCACCAAGUGGUAAAUUUCCUCCUCUUCCAUACACAGAGCCUCCAUGGGCUGGGGUACCUGGUGUCCCUUACACCUUUGAGCUGCUUAAAAAUGGUGCCAUACUGGACGCAGUGCCUCUCACUCAGCAGAGUUACUUUGUGGUGGGACGCUUACCGGUGUGUGACAUCUCUCUGGAGCAUCCCUCCAUCUCACGAUAUCAUGCCGUGGUGCAGUAUCGUGGAAAAGCAGGAGACCCCGGUGCCGUAGGAGAGGAGCUCGGAUUCUACAUCUACGAUCUGGGCAGUACUCACGGCACCUUUGUAAACAAGAACAAGAUCCCGCCCAAAACUUAUAUAAGACUGCACGUCGGCCACGUCCUGAAGUUCGGAGGAAGCACUAGGCUCUUUAUCCUCCAGGGUCCCGAAUCGGAUGAAGAGGCAGAGUCGGAGCUGACGGUUACAGAGCUGAAAGAGCAGGCCAGAAAGCAGCGAGAAGACCUAGAGAAGAGGAUGAUGGGAGAUGGUUCAGAUAAUGAUGAUGAUGAUGAUGAUGAUAAGGAGGAGAAGAAUGGAGAGAAGGUUGCUGGUGGAAGAAGUGCUGCAGAAGACAGUGGCUGCUCAUGGGGAAUGGGAGAGGAUGCCGCCCCAGAAGAGGAGGAGAAUGAGGAGAAUCCAUUUGCCACAGAGUUUCAAGAGGACCAGGAAGCAGCCUACCUGAAGGAUCCUAAAAAGGCUCUGCAAGGGUUUUAUGAUCGAGAAGGAGAAGAACUGGAGUUUGAAUAUGACGACAAAGGACAUGGCACCUGGCUCUGCAGAAUCAAGUUGCCGGUGGAUGAUGCUAUGGGUAGGCAGCUGGUCGCUGAAGUCACACACUCGGGGAGAAAGAAGGAGGCGGCUGUACAGUGCUGUUUGGAGGCGUGCCGCAUGCUGGAGGCUCGAGGUCUGCUGAGGCAGGAGGCAGUCUCCCGCAAGCGUAAAAAGAAAAACUGGGAGGAAGACGACUAUUACGACAGCGAUGAUGACUCCUUCCUGGACCGGACGGGUACUGUUGAGAGGAAGAGGAAAGAACGCAUGAAGAAAGCUGGCAAGAUCCAGGAGAAACCUGAGACAUACAACUCUCUGGUUGCUAAGCUCGCUGAAGUGGAGAAAGAACUAGCUACAACUGAGAACACACUCAAAUCUUCUGAGAAAGGGGACUCCAGCUCAGCUACAGAGGACCCUCUGGAUGCGUUUAUGAGCUCUGUGCGCAGUCAGGCUGCUGUGGACGUGGUGCAGAGGAAGAAGCUGCACCUGCAUGUGGCCGAGCUGAAGAAAGAAGAGCAGCGACUGCGGAAGCUCAUCGAAUUAACCAGACCCACACAGCUGCCCUCGUUGCAGAGCCGGCCUGGCACUCAAUCAUCUGAGUCUGACAAGCCCAAGAAGUUAGCCCUGCCUUUGUUUGGUGCUAUGAAAGGUGGCAGCAAAUUUAAACUGAAGACAGGGACCAUAGGGAAGUUGCCUCCAAAAAGGCCCAACCUGCCUCCUCAGCUCUUCAACAUGAAAGAACUACCGCCUGGAGGAGAGGAGGAAGAAGAGGAGGAUGAGCAAGAGGAAGGAGCAGAAAAACCAUAUGAAAUGGACAAAGAGUGUAAAGAUGAGGAGAAAGAGAGCACAGCUGCUAUAGAGGCUGAUAUGGAGCCGGCACAGGCUGAUGAGACGGAGCACGUCGAGGCCUCCAGUGCCAGCAAACACGCAGAAGAAACCUGUUCAAGGAGCCCUAAAGAGAAAAGCCAGAACUCAGAGAGACAACCAGUAAAGAGGCCUUCCUCACAUGGAAAAGAGAAGGCUACAUCAGUUCAUCCUAAAGACGACUCCUCCUCAGCACCUCAAGGGGAAGACCAACCUCCUCUGAAGAAGAGUGGGAAGAUGAUUGGUCCCAGUAGGCCUCCAAGCACCUUGUCCAAACAGUACCCAGAGGACGACCCUGAUUACUGUGUGUGGGUGCCUCCAGCAGGUCAGACUGGUGAUGGUCGGACUCAUCUUAACGACAAAUAUGGCUACUGAGAGCAUGACAGUGUGAAGGGUGUAAGGGCAAGUCCAGCUGAUAAAAUACACAAUUCCCUCAAAAGUCUGGAUGGUUUAUGGAGACUUGAGCACUAUGCAAAUGGAUUGUGAGCAGGACAUUUUCAUGCAUUGUUUGGCUUACCAUCUGUGUUCACACUUACAUUGUGUGUUCUUAGUGCACAGUGCAAAUGGGUCUGGGAAAAGGAGCAGAGGAGAAGGAUAGAGCACUGCAAACACUGCAAGGAUUUUCAGAUAUUAAAUCAGAGAUUUAAUGGAGCAGUCAUUGACUGUGGUCGGGUCAAGCACUUAGAUCUUCUGCAUUUCGAAUCCUGAUAUGUUCACCCACAGCUAGCUAGUCAUACGGGACACUUAAAGGAGAAACCCACCCUGAAUGACUUGCAUAUUAAUCUUCAAUGCCAUCCAUGAUGUGUUUUACUGAUGAAAUUCUAAGCUAACUUAUUUUGUUUAAACUUGUUUUGUCAACACAGUGGUCCAUUUUCACUUUGGUUAAUGGCUUCCUACAUCAUCCACAAUGCCAGUAGUGGUGCCAGUUAUGUUUGAGAUCAUUGAACGCUAUUGGAAAUGCACUACUGAUGUCCUCUAGUGACGUCAGCAUGGCACACAAGCACCAAUUUCUCACGGGUAUAAAGAAAAAACAGCAGCAUUCGACAAAUUAGCCCCAGAAUCACUAAACUUAUCACACAUAUUGCCAUCCUGGGCAAGAUCUUAGGCCAUCCUAAGUGAAGUUAUUAAGCCGCUCAGUCAGGCACAGCAAGUGUUCAGGCUGGAUCUGUGUUCAGCUUGCGUUACCUUAGCCGAGAGAGGGCGAGUGUAUUCACCAGCCAUCUGGAUGCUUGCUCUGUAUCCUAGGUUUGAGAGCAAGCUGUCCAUGAAUCAAGUGACACAAAUGUGUGUGUAAGUUUGACGUACAUGUCGGGGGGUGGGGGAGUGUGUUAUGUGUAUGUGUUCCCUCUAUUUGAUAUUAAUGAAGAGUGACUCAGUGUUAAGAAGGCGUGUUGGCAUGAAUGUGUGUUGUUUUGUCCAAGGAAAGAUUAUGCCCUCCCACAGACUCCACAACUCUCUAGUAAUACUGUUCCUUUUUUUUCAUCCCUUUAUUUAAUUGUUCUUUAGUCCUGGACAAGAUGUAAAGGAAAAGUGUAUUUUUUAUUACUCGUCUUUUUGUAAAUAAAUGGUUCAAUGUAUAAUGCAA